CUGUCAGACGCCGGACUUGCCGGGCCCAGAGUUCUGAGAUAAGUUGAAUUUGAAACGGCCGAUCAGACGUGUGUCUGCAUUAGACGUUGACGUCUCAGCGGAUAUGGAUGACCUGGACGAUCUGGAGGACGAUUUAUUUGGGACGAUUGUGAGGAGGAAAAAUUCUUAUCCUGGACCAGAAAUUCCGAAAUCUAACACACAAGCCACUUCUGGUAUAAAGAAGAAAGUUGUGUUUCAUGAUUUUAAUGAAGAUGAUCCAUUGGGGGAUCUUCUCUCAGAGGAGGAAGACUCCCAGCCCAACACCGGUGCCAAUAUAAAAGGAAGUAUCAUGUCAGAUUUAUUUGGUAUAAAAGGAUCUGAUUCUUUAGAAGCAAACACUCACCAAAACAAAUCUCAGUCAAAGUUAAUUUCAUCAGUCGAAAAGGUCGCAGCAGUAGCUGACAAAUUAUCAGCCAAGUCAGGUGACCAGAGUGGACUAUCAAUCGCUCCUCCAACUGAAAUUACUGAGGAAAUAUGCAGACCUACCACCCCUCUACGAAGUAAUAUACUUAGCAAAAAUGCAGUAGCGACCAGCACUACUGAUAGAACUGGCAAAGCUGGGGACAAGUCCAAAAAGUCAUACCUGAUGGAGGAUCUGUUUGGUAACAGAGCGAAGGAUAAGGUUCCAGUUAAAGAUCCGACUGUGGCUGGAAUAGAUAUGUCAGAGAUUCAGAAAAAGUCAGAGCAGUUGUCGAAACCAAAUUCUGUAGGAUAUGCGCCUACCCUCUCUGCCCCCAGAGAAUCUCGCAGAAGUAGGAGAAGCUCUGGCGGGAUUAUAGAUCCUCUUGGGAUGUUUUCUUCCCCAACUCUGCCAUUUGAGACAUCUACAGCACAGAAUUCCGAGGUAACCGCAUCUAAAUUGGAUUACUCAUCAUCUUCUGGACUAAAGGAUGCUAGAAUGGCAGUUGGUGCAUCUGUUAAGAGCAAUCCAGAGUUACCAUCUGAAGAUUUGCCUGAGUGGCUAGGUGGUCCGAAAAAGUUGGAUAAAAACGUUUUAGAAGAAAAAUUUCCUAAAAAAAACGUCACGCCGGAGAUAACUAAGUCUGGGGAUAAACCUUUGAAUGCUGCUCAUGCAUUAGACACAUCAAGAGAUCAAGGAGUGGAGAAUUCUGAGUAUCUUCCAGCUCAAUCAAGCUUGGAUCGUUCACAAAAUUAUCCUGAACAUUUGUCGUUGAUGACUGGCAUUCAAUUCGAUCAGCAGGCAACAAUGUUAUCUCUGCAACAACAGGAGCAUGAGUUGAGGACAGCAGCGACGUUGUCUCGACAAAGUGAGCAGUUAAAUAAGAUGAUUGACAGCCAAAGAGGAAGACUUAAUGAUCAAGAAAAACAGUUUAGUCUACUCAUAAAACGUCAAAUUGAUCGGCAAGAAUUGCUUGAGGCACAAAUGAAGGCACAGCAGGAUCGUAUAAACAGCCACCUUCAGGCAUUGUUAGCUCAACCUACUUCUCUCCCCUUCAUGCCACCAACGAUUCAGAAUAACGAUUUAGCUGAGGGCAGUGAUGAAAACAAAAAGGAUCAGGGUACAUUAGAAGUAAUUAUUCGCAAAUUAGAAACCGAGAAACUUGACUUUGAAAAUAUUAUUGACAAACUAAAAGAUCAGCAUUCCAAAGAAAUCGCAAUAAUUGAAGAGUCUUACAUGCGGCAAAUAGAAAUAAUGAAUCAAGGGUCAGUGAGAUUAGAGAAGCGCUUGCGACAGGAUGUAGAAUUAGCAGAAGCUGAUUAUGAGGCUAGAAUACAGAAGGUGAAAGAAGAGCAAGAAAGUCUAAAAAUAGCACAUGGUGAGGAAUUAGAAAACCUUAAGAUGGAACACAUAAAACAAAUACAAGAAAUGAGAAACAGGCAACAUCAUAAUAUACAGCUCAUACAAAAUGAGUAUGUAGAAACUAUUCAAAACAUCAGUAAGGCUAAGGAGAUUGAACAACAAACUAUAAAUAGUGCCACCACCCAGACUGCAGCUCUUAGUGACACACUGCAAGUCAUGAAAAACACAAUUGGCGAAAUCGAGGAGUUGAAAAUUAAACUCCAAAAUAAUAUGGAUGAAAGUAACAAAGCAAAGGAAUAUAUUCUAAAACAGCACAUUGACGAAAUAAAAGAUUUAAAAGAUCAUUUAAAGAAACAGCACGAAGUACUAGAAGUAGAUCGCAAGGACUUAGCUGAAGCAUUGCGACAUUUGGAUGAUGGAGCUGUGCGUUUGAUCUCUGAAUUUGAUAGAUAUACUAAGGAGAAUUUAGAGGCUGAAAAAAGACUUAAAAAUAGAGAAGAAACACUUAUUAGAGACAGAGAGUUGCUGGACCAGCAUAUUCAAUGGGAACGCAAUCAUAUACAAGUAAUGAAAGAAACGUGGAUCAAAGAACAGGAGCGCCAGAUUAAGCAACUCUCUGAAGAACGGAAUAGCAUUGCAACAGAGAGAGCAAGACUAGAAACAAUUCAGAGAUUAAAAUUUGACGAUGAUGAUGCAACCAAAGCUGAGCUUGAGGCUGCUCUUUGCACAGCACGUGAUGCCACUAAUUUGGCCAACCGAGAAAGGCAGAAAUGGAGAGAGAGGCUAAACGAACUUCAGAUAGAAAAACAGAAAAUCAAAGAAAAAGAAAAUGCUUUGACGCUACGUGCCAGAGAACUCGAGGAUCUGACACAGUCUGCCUUGGGGAAAAGAGAAGAAGGUCUUAGGGCAUUGAAAGAAGCUCAUCAUCUCGAUGAACAGUACAAGGUAUACUUUGGUCAGCUACAAAUGCAAUCAGAAGCAUUGGCGCAAAGAGAAAACAAGCUGGCAGCUGAAAAAUUAGCUUUGGCAAGAGAAAGAUUGGCAUUGAGGAUGAAUCAGACAGAGAAACCUGAGAAAGAUACAGGCGGGUCAGAGUUCCAUACUGAACAGCACUCCCAAUAUCCCUUGCAAUUCAAUAAUUUUCAUGAUUCACAAAUAUUUACAACGCAUUUUAAGGACAUCGUAGAUCCACGUUUGGUGCUAUUAAAGUUAGGCUUGGAUAACGAGCUAGAUGUAACCGAUGACUGCCUAGGAACUGUGUAAAAUAUCGGUCAACAGUUGGCCAAGUUGUUACAAAUGUAUAAAAAAACUUUUGUAAAAUGAUGUAAAUCUAUAGGUAGCAUCACGCCUUUCUUCAUCUA